UGUUUUUGGAAUAAUGUGUGUAAAAUGGCUAUUAUUGUAUUACAUAAUUUUUUAAUUGAUGAAUCAACAACAAAUAAAAUACUUUCGAUGGUUGAUCAUGAAACAGAAGUUUAUCGAGAUUUAGAAAAUGGUGAAUGGCGCAACUUAUUAUCUGGUUCAGAACCCCUUCCAUCAACUCAACAAAUUCAAAAUCAUGCAAGAAAUUGGCCCGUUGAAGCAAAGAUGAUGAGAGAAAAUUUAAUGAAUUAUUUUAAUAGUGAUAUUGGAUCAGUUGCAUGGCAAGAAAAAAUGGUUUAA